GUCUAUUUUAUAAACGAGGAAUGGCAUCAAUAUGAAGUGAUAACGAUUUUUGAUUAAAUUUUCACUUUUCUAAACAAUUUUGUAGUGUUUACAAAUUUUAGACGAAUAAUUAUCAAAAUUCUAUUAAAUAUCCUCCAAAAGUUUUGCUUACCAUGGCUCGAGAAUAUGACCAUCUUUUUAAACUGCUUAUUAUAGGCGAUAGUGGAGUUGGGAAAAGCAGUCUGCUUUUGCGCUUUGCUGACAAUACUUUCACAGGCAAUUAUAUUACAACAAUAGGGGUUGAUUUUAAGAUAAGAACAGUUGAAGUCGAUGGAGAAAGAGUGAAACUUCAAAUAUGGGAUACUGCCGGACAAGAGAGGUUCAGAACUAUAACAUCUACAUAUUAUCGAGGCACUCAUGGUGUGAUUGUCGUAUACGAUGUGACGAAUGGCGAAUCUUUUGGUAAUGUAAAACGAUGGCUACAUGAAAUAGACCAAAACUGUGAAGUUGUCAAUAGGAUAUUAGUUGGCAAUAAAAAUGAUGAUCCUGAUAGAAAAAUAGUUUUAACUGAGGAUGCACAACGAUUUGCCGACCAAAUGGGCAUUCAGUUAUUUGAAACAAGUGCAAAAGAAAAUAUCAAUGUUGAAGAAAUGUUCAAUUCCAUAACAAGAAUGGUGCUGAAAAGCAAAAAAGACCAAAAAGAAAGACAACAGCAAUCACAUGAAACAGUGAAACUACAGAAAGCUUCUCAAAGAGGAAAAAAGAAAUGCUGCUAGUAUAAUAUAAUUAUAUGUUCCAAAGAAGAAUGCUUUAUACUCCAUAGCUCAACUUUAGAAAGUUAUCAUUCAUCAUCAAUUUGUGCAAGAUAAGUGCCUGCAGUAUUGAAUGAAGCAAGUCCAUCGAACAUAUCUGGGAACUGUUCCAACAAAAUUCCAUGCUACAAUGGAACUUUUGCAUGAGCUACACACGUUGAAAAAGCAGUACUCUCCAAGGGGGAAACAUCACCAUCCGAUUUAUUCUGUGAACUGAGAGCUUUCUUUUUUUUUCAGUAAUGUAAAUACAUAUUUUUAAGCUUGCCUUAGUGAUUGAGGAUCUGCUUUUAAAACUAGAAUUCUUUUUUAAACCCUAAGGAGAUUCUGCGGAUAACCAGUUAUGUAGAUGAUGAAACUCCGAAAAAUAUUCUGUAGCUUGAUUUGAAAAUUGCAUUUAAUUUGGUUAGCAUUGCUUCAGUAUUGCUAUAGAGUAUAUGUUAACCAUUUCAAUUUCUAGAGUUAUUAGUUCUUUUACUUGAGAAUAAUGUUUAUAAUUAUGCUUAAGUGUAUAUUAAUUUUUUUUACAAAGUUUGGUACAUCCACGUGUAUACUAGUCUAAAUGUUGUUAUAAAUUAUAUAUCUGUAUAAUUUAUAUUUUGUAGUAAUUAUUACUGUGGUUUUUAUAAUUUUGCAAAUAAAUGACAUAUUUUAAUAUUUAAAUUGUACAAAUAAUUUCUUUCUGCAAUGAAUUGUUAAUUUUUUUAAACAUUCCUGAAUGUAUGAUAUUUUUUAAAUUAAUUAUAUAAAAAAUUAAUGAAUUUAAAUUGCUCAUAUUCAUAAAUAAAUAUUGUUUAAACAAG